UUGCAAAGCGAGCACCCUGAGCCUUGCCUGCGGUGUCUUCUCGGCAGUCUGCUCGUGCCUCUCACCUCAGCGCAUUGCCUUGACUCCAAACGCUAGGCUCGUCGCCCCUCGCAUCGUUGAGCACUUGGUGGCUGCUGCGUCCGUCUCCCGCGCGUCGUUGCUGUUCGGCAAUGCCGUCAAUGGCUAUUCGCUCCAACUUCCGGCGUCCAUUCCACGCUCUUAGCCGCUAGCCGUCCCUUACUGCUCGCCUACGUGGCGUUUCGAAGUCGCGUAGUGUUCGUCGUCUGAGCGUCGUUCAGGAUAAGUGCGGUCGUAGAUUAACAGCUCCACCUCUCUUCCGUAACACGAGGUCUCCGCGCGAUCCAUCCUUCUCCAGCUCGUCACAGCGCGUCCGAAUCCCUGCAGAAGAGCGAUCGCGUCACAGACGUCGAUAGCACUCGAGCAGAGAAAGCUGUGCUGGUCGACAUCAUUCGAUAGCAUUCGAUAGCAUUCGAUAGCACUCGAUAGGACUCGACAGCACUCGAUAGGACUCGACAGCAUUCGAUAGCACUCGACAGCAUUCGAUAGCACUCGACAGCACUCGACAGCACUCGACAGCACUCGACAGCACUCGACAGCACUCGACAGCACUCGAUAGGACUCGAUAGGAAUCGACAGCACUCGAUAGCACUCGAUAGCACUUUAAAGCUGCAUUGGGAGGUGUUAAAGGAGCGACAUUGACGUCGUCGCCACAGUAGGAUCGCGAUGAAGCGCGGCGACGGCUAGACGCCAAUCCGCGCUAUCGGCCACACGGCAGUCGCGGAGCCUCCGAUCGUCGCGGAUCACCUUCUGCUCGCCGUCCCUAGGAGCGACCUCUCCGCUGCCAGCCAUGGGCUCGCAGCAGAACCUGUUCACAGUGGGGUCCAAGGUGUGGGUGCCCGAUGCAGCAGACGCGUGGGAGGAGGGCGAGGUGGUGGCGCUGGAAGGGGGGGGCGGGCAGCUCACAGUCCGGCUGGGCAAUGGCGGCAAGGGACAGGUGGUGGUAGCGGCAUCGGAGUGCUUCGCCCGUGAGGAGGAGAGCAGCAUUGUGGACGACAUGGUGAAGCUGGCAUACCUGCACGAGCCGGGCGUGCUGCACAACCUCAUGCAGCGCUACCAGCGCAACCUCAUCUAC